GCUGUGGUGCAGAUAUACAUGUCAUUGUCAAAAUUGAAAGUGCAGACUCUAUCCCAAAUUUGCAUUCCAUUAUCACAGCAUCUGAUGGGGCAAUGGUUGCAAGAGGAGACCUUGGUGCAGAGCUCCCUAUUGAGGAGGUUCCACUUCUGCAGGAAAGGCUGUUAUUGUGGCAACAAAUAUGCUGGAAAGCAUGAUUGUACACCCAACACCAACCAGAGCAGAGGUAUCAGACAUUGCCAUUGCUGUCCGAGAGGGUGCUGAUGCAGUCAUGCUUUCUGGUGAAACUGCUCAUGGAAGGUUCCCUUUGAAAGCUGUGAAAGUCAUGCACACAGUUGCAUUACGGACUGAGGCUACAAUAUCAGGCAGUGAAAUGCCAGCUAAUCUUGGUCAAGCCUUCAAGAAUCAUAUGAGCGAAAUGUUUGCUUACCAUGCAACCAUUAUGUCUAACACUCUUGGAACCUCAAUUGUUGUCUUCACCAGAACUGGUUUCAUGGCUACACUACUGAGCCACUAUCGGCCUUCUGGCACUAUUUUUGCUUUUAUAAAUGAGAAGACUAUUCAACAGAGGUUGGCAGUGUGUCAAGGAGUCUGUCCUAUCUGCAUGCAAUUCUCAGAAGAUGCUGAAGAGACAUUUUCAAAUGCCUUAGCUUUACUACAGAAGCAAGGGAUGGUGAAGGAAGGAGAAGAGGUAGCACUUCUCCAGAGUGGAAGACAACCCAUCUGGCGGUUCCAAUCUACCCACAAUAUCCAGGAUGUAGCUCUAGAUUCUUACAAGUUACAAGACAAAUUUGUUGGACUGCUGCUGUUCAAUUUGUUGGGCUGCUGCACAGUGACAUGGCUGCUGUUCAAUUUGGGUCUUUACACACCUCAUGGAAACAAUAUCAUGUUAAAGCAUAGAUCAUCUCUUUAGAGUGGUAUCAUUAUUGAAGCCAAUAAAAUUUGUUUAUUUCUUAGUAUAGAAAUUGAGGCAAACUUGCUUUUUCUAUAACACGAAUGAAUGCUUCUCGUUGCAACGUGAGAAAGACUCCUUGCAAAUAGCAUGAACAAUAGAUGUGGUCAACAUAUUUAUGUUUUUCAAAUCAGAGAAGUCAUGUUUUUGAAAGCACUUCAAUGAAUACACACACACACACAUUUAUAAUGUGAGGGCCUUGUAUGUCUUAGAAACAUGUGCUGAAAUGCUGAUUACAAGGUCAAACAAGCAAUAUUGUGUAAGUGAGCUCUGAAACUUACAGCGCUUCCUUGAAAGAAACUUCUUUUCCUUGGUUAACUGGUAUUUGAAUGAGGUUUAGUUAAGCUUUUUCUUGCCUAGAUUGAGCUCCGUUGCUCCUAAAUUUUGGUGAUUUUGGUGUUGGCUUACUGCACCUCAAAUCUAUGUUCAACUUUUUUUUUUUCAAUGCUAGUCAACUAACACAGUGAUUUAGUACGAAGGGUCUAGGUGCAAGUAAUUGGUUGUGAGAGUUGGUGAUGUAUCUGAAAAUUUUCAAGUAGUUGUACAGAUGCUUGUUUGGGCACUCCAGUCCAUAUUAUAUUAGAAGCCAUGUUUCUUGACAAACUUAAGUCAACAAGAACAGUCCAAUACUUUAGUAAGCCUAAAAACUUUGCUUCGAUAUCCAAACUUUGCAAAGGGUCUGAAGAAACUAUGAAAAUUGUGAAAAUUUUCAAGUAGUUAUACAGAUGCUUCUUUUCCACUUUUCAAUCUUAGUUUCCUCACCAUAACUUUUUUGUUUUGUUUUUGUUUUUG